AUGGGUAAGAGAAACUUUAGAAAGAACAAAGGUGGUUCCAAGAAGAGUUUUGGUCCACGGUCUGAGGCCAGACAAAAUUCAUGGACUGAUAUGGCCAGAGAGAACGCCAAAUGGGAAACCUACUAUAAGGCCCUACAAAUUGUUCCAGAAGAAGAAUGGGAUACAUUCAAAACCCAUUGUCAAGAGAACCUACCAUUAACUUUCCGUAUAACUGGUUCCAGAAAGCAUGCUGAUGAAAUCAAGGAAAAAUUUCUUAAAGAUCAUGUUGCCAAAUUAGAAGGUGUUAUCUUUGAGGACCAAGAAUUGACCCCCAAAAAUAUUGGCUACUAUCCAAAUCAAUUGGGAUGGCAAAUCAAUGUCGGCAAGUCGGUUAUUCGUAAGAAUGCUCAAUUUGCUGCCACCCAAAGAUUUUUGGUUAUGGAAACUGAUGUGGGUAACAUUUCAAGACAGGAAGCUGUGUCGAUGAUUCCUCCGUUAUUAAUGGACGUUCAACCACAUCACGCUGUAUUGGAUAUGUGCGCCGCUCCUGGUUCGAAGACUGCUCAGUUGGUCGAAGCAUUGCAUUCGAACGACGAAGAAGCUUUACCCACUGGGUUUGUUAUGGCUAAUGAUUCCGAUUACAAGAGAUCUCAUAUGUUGGUCCAUCAAGUGAAGAGAAUGAACUCUGCCAAUUUCGUUGUGGUCAACCACGACGCUCAAUUGUUUCCUCGUAUCAAGUUGAACAAUGCUUCUGAGUUUUUAAAGUUCGACAGAAUCUUGUGCGACGUGCCAUGUUCUGGUGAUGGCACCAUGAGAAAGAAUAUUAACGUUUGGAAGGAUUUCACCGUUGGUAAUGCUUUAGGAUUACACCCAUUACAAAUCAAUAUUUUGACUAGAGGUUUACAAUUGUUGAAGAAAGGCGGAAGAUUAGUUUAUUCCACUUGUUCCUUAUCUCCAGUUGAGAACGAAGCCGUUGUGGCUGCUGCCUUAAGAAAAUGGGGCGAUCAAAUUAGAUUGGUCGACUGCGAAAAUGAAUUGCCUGGUUUGGUAAGACGUAAGGGUCUUUCAAACUGGAAGGUUUUUGGAAAGGAUAUGGAGGAAAGAGAAAGAGGCUGUGAAGACAUUGUGGAAACUGCUUUCCCUCCAACAGAAGAAGAAGCUUCCAAAUUCAAUUUGGACCGUUGUAUUAGAGUUUAUCCUCAUUUACAAAAUACUGGUGGGUUCUUUAUCACUGUAUUCGAAAAGAUUGAUACUGAGGCUGAAACUGCUGGUAAGAGACAAGCUCAAGAAGAGUCGUCAGAACUGUCUUCUAAAAAGACAAAGACUGAAACUGGUGCUUCUAAUUCCACUUCAGAACAACAACUGCAACAGCCUAAAAAAGAAAAGUUACCUAGAAAUGCCAACGAAGAGCCAUUUAACUUCUUAGAACCUGAUAAUUCUGAAUUGGCCAAGUGUUGGCCAUUCUAUGAGUUCAAUGAUAAGUUUGACAAGUCUUGUACAUUGGUUAGAAAUGCCACAGGUGAACCAUUAAGAACCAUCUACUAUGUUGCUCCCAUAAUAAAAGAGAUCUUGCAAAUCUUUGAUCAAAAGUUAAAGAUCAUUCAUGCUGGUAUCAAGUUGUUUGUUUCUCAAAGAAAUGAUGCUGGUGAUUGCCCAUGGAGAAUCCAGAAUGAGUCCUUGGUCACUAUUAGAGCUUUCAUUGGUGCCAACAGACAAGUUUCCAGUAAUUUGAAACUUUUGGAAUUCUUAUUCCAAGAAGCUUUCCCAAAGGUUGAAACCAUUAAGAACAUGAGAUUGGACCCGGAGUUCUCUGAACAAAUCGAACAAAAAUCUGAAGGUUGUGUUUUCCUUACCGUUAAAAGGGAAGGUGAUUUGGAAGACUUGUUCUUGCCUUUAUGGAAGGGUAAGACCAAUUUGAACUUGAUGGUCAACAAGAAGGACACCCAUGAAUUAUUAUACAGAGUGUUUGGCAUUGAAACAUCUGCUAAGGACGAAGGUAAGGAAUCAGCUUACAUGAAACGGAUCCAAGAGAAGAAGGAACAAAGUGAGACUCCAGAAGUUGAAUCUGAAACCAAGGAAUCAGAAAAUAGUGCUGAAUCUGCUUAG